AUGGUCGACUCCAAUGCUUCGGCCUCCUACUCAGGCUACGACCCUUACACGUCGAGCGCAAAUCUAGCUUCCAUCGCUGGCCAAGGACAUCAAUCAUCCGCUAUGAAUCCGUAUGCGCAAGGUCACUCGGGUCUCGAAGCGUCUUACUACCAGAACCCAAGCGCUUUCCAGACAUCGCCGGCCUAUCACCUGUACUGGCCUGUCGGUCCUCAGCCCACCAGCCUGCUCGGCUAUCAGCGGACGGCUCAUGACUUCUUUAUUCCAGAUGCAUUACGCGAGGACUUGCAGAAGCGGGCAGAGGUUGCGCGUCAAGUCAUGCCAAACUCGACACUACCAGUCAUUGAGCAGUUUCACUCGCUGUUUUGCCUGGAUACCACACCGCAGAAGAACAAUGCCCCCUUCGGCUACGUGAGUUGGAUUUACAAGGCCAUUUCUGGCAAAGACGGCAAAACGUAUGCCCUCCGUCGCCUCGAAAACUUCCGGCUUACCAGCGAGCCUGCUAUUCGCUCCGCUCAAGCAUGGAAACAGCAUGUUCUAUGGGGCUACAUUGUUCAGAUAGCAUCGGCACUCAAGGCGAUUCAUGGAUCCGGUCUCGCUGCGAGGCUAAUUUCGCCUUCCAAAACACUGCUGACAGCAAAGAAUCGCAUCCGGCUAAAUGCCUGUGCCAUUAUGGACAUUGUCCAGUUCGAGACUGCGCGACCCGUAGCCGAAGCGCAAGCCGACGAUUUUGUCCAGUUGGGCCGCAUGAUCCUCUGCAUUGCCAACAACAAUACCACCGCUCACCUUCAGAUGCAGAAGUCUAUGGACCACGUAACCCGCAAUUAUACCGCCCGUUUGAAGGAGUGUAUCCAGUGGUUGCUCAACCCGCAACCACCUUUGGGCACACCAUCAUCACCCACCACACCAGCGCCCGGGUCAAAAGACAUUGACAACUUCCUAGGUGGUAUUUCUGACCAGCUGGCCUCUGUUUUCGACAGUGAGCUACAUGCACAAGACACUUUGACCAAUACUCUUGGUCGCGAGCUGGAGUCUUCGCGCAUCGUGCGUCUCCUGGUCAAACUUAACAUGGUUAACGAACGCCCUGAAUUGGACGCAUCUCAGCAAAUGUCUGGCGGAAACACCUCCAACCCAUCCUCCGUGUGGGCCGAAACUGGCGAACGAUACUACCUCAAACUCUUCCGCGACUAUGUUUUCCAUCAAGUCGACGCCAAUGGACAUCCUGUCACUGAUCUAGCACAUGUGCUCGACUGCUUGAACAAACUCGAUGCCGGCACGGACGAGAAGAUUGCGCUUAUCAGCAGAGAUGAGCAAAACGUCCUGAUAGUGAGCUUUAGGGAAGUCAAGCGCGGUCUUGAAAUCGCGUUCCAGGAUUUGAUUAGAGCGGGUCGGGGGCAGGGGAAAUAG